CCGUUGCGCGCAGGCGCGGACGAGCCGUACGCAUUCUACGUAACAGACGGUGGGGGCUACGUGAAGAGUGGAGCGCCGUGCCUGUGUUACCUGCAGUGUCUGCGUCCUGUGGGCGUCUCGACGAGUCAGACUGCCGCUAAGGCGAAGGCAGCAGAGAGGCGGGUAGAAGUACCCGCAGCCGGAGCGCCAGACGGGUGCAGCUUAUUUUUAGGGUGAGAUGAAAACCUUCCAUGCUUUCUGCAUUGUUCUCUUGGUGUUUGGAAGUGUCUCGGAAGCCAAGUUUGAUGACUUCGAAGAUGAGGAUGACAUUGUAGAGUAUGAUGAUAAUGACUUUGCUGAAUUUGAAGAUGUCGUAGAAGAUUCUGUUACUGAAUCUCCUCCACGGUUGAUAACCACUGAAGAUGAUGAAGAUGAGACCACUGUGGAGUUAGAAGGGCAAGAUGAAAACCAAGAAGGAGAUUUUGAAGAUGCAGAUACCCAGGAGGGAGAUACUGAGAGUGAGCCAUAUGAUGAUGAAGAAUUCGAAGGUUAUGAAGACAAAACAGAUACUUCAUCCAGCAAAAAUAAGGACCCAAUAACAAUUGUUGAUGUUCCUGCCCACCUCCAAAACAGUUGGGAAAGUUACUAUCUAGAAAUUUUGAUGGUGACUGGUCUGCUCGCCUAUAUCAUGAACUAUAUUAUUGGAAAGAAUAAAAAUAGUCGCCUUGCUCAGGCCUGGUUUAACACUCAUCGAGAGCUUUUGGAGAGCAACUUUACAUUAGUAGGGGAUGAUGGAACUAACAAAGAAGCAACAAGCACAGGAAAGCUGAACCAGGAGAAUGAACACAUCUAUAACCUGUGGUGUUCUGGCCGAGUAUGCUGUGAGGGCAUGCUUAUCCAGCUAAGAUUUCUCAAGAGACAAGAUUUACUGAAUGUCCUGGCUCGAAUGAUGAGGCCAGUGAGUGAUCAAGUGCAAAUAAAAGUAACCAUGAAUGAUGAAGACAUGGAUACAUUCGUGUUUGCAGUUGGCACACGAAAGGCUUUGGUACGACUACAGAAGGAAAUGCAAGAUCUGAGUGAAUUUUGUAGUGACAAACCCAAGUCUGGAGCAAAAUAUGGACUGCCAGACUCUUUGGCCAUCCUGUCAGAGAUGGGAGAAGUCACAGAGGGAAUGAUGGAUACAAAGAUGGUCCACUUUCUUACACACUAUGCUGACAAGAUUGAAUCUGUUCAUUUUUCAGACCAAUUCUCUGGUCCAAAAAUUAUGCAAGAGGAAGGUCAGCCUUUAAAGCUACCUGACACUAAGCGGACAUUAUUGUUUACAUUUAAUGUGCCUGGCUUAGGCAACACUUAUCCAAAGGAUAUGGAGGCUUUGCUACCCUUGAUGAACAUGGUGAUUUAUUCUAUUGAUAAAGCCAAAAAGUUCCGACUCAACAGAGAAGGCAAACAAAAAGCGGAUAAGAACCGUGCACGAGUAGAAGAGAACUUCCUGAAACUGACACAUGUGCAGAGACAGGAAGCUGCACAGUCGCGUCGUGAGGAGAAGAAAAGAGCAGAGAAGGAGCGAAUCAUGAAUGAGGAAGAUCCUGAGAAGCAACGCAGGCUGGAGGAAGCUGCUUUAAGGCGUGAGCAAAAGAAGCUGGAGAAAAAGCAAAUGAAAAUGAAACAAAUCAAAGUGAAAGCCAUGUAGAAAAAUCCCGGAGAUCUGAGUCCUAACGCCACUUGUGAGCUCAGUUCAUGGAAAAUAAAAACUGAGUCCAUCUCAUCAUAAAUUUCACACUUCUUGGCACCUGGGAAAUCAUAUUUCAUUAUCUAUUCUGCUGUUGGUUCGAAGUUUUACAGAAGUUGUAGAUAAAUUUGAAAGGGCUGUAUUUCCAUAAUUUUCUUGUAGAUAAUCAAAUUAUUUUGAUUAUUUUAUAAAAGUGAUAUAAAAUGUGUAGUUUUGAAAUAUUUUAAAUUAUACAUUAGUCAGCAGUGCUUUUAUUACUUUAGUGUUUGAAAAACAUUAAAGUUAUGGGUAGAUAAUUAGGUAGUUGCUUUUUGUUUAAACUAGGCAUUUUGAACAACAAUGGAAAUUGACUUUUAAACCAUGAUUCCAAAAAUAACUACUGGAAUUGCACAAUAAACAUUGCUUGGUGUUUUCUUCUGUGUGUACAUUAAACUUGUGCAAAAGUAAAAUAUAGAACACUAUGUGGUGAUGGAAUUUCAAGGGCUCAAAACAGUACAGUGUGUGUUUUAUGGGUGGGAGGGGAUAAUGACAGUAUUAUAGGAAGGUCUGUAGCUGUUAGGACACUGUUGUCUACAUGGAAAACUAGGGCUAGAUAGUAAAGGAGCAGUUUUUCUUCUUACCUGAUAGUUGUGAGCUAAUGACUGUGAAUGCUAUAUGUUAAGUGCUUAUAUGUUUCUUUUUCUUCAGCAACAAAUGCAUGACAAAUUAACUGCUUCAUCCAGAUUGGCAAUCAGAUCAUUGGUAUGUGUGGUCACAUUUUUCUUCUAGGUUGCUGCAACUUACUGGAUGUUCAUGGAGAAGCUGUAUUCUCUGUUUGAGGGCUGUGUACCUUUGUUUCUCCCUGUGUGUUUUUCUACUGUAGAGGCUGAGUAUGGUCUUUCAAUGAAGUAGCCAUAAAUAUGCAUAAAUAUUUUAAAAGUGAGCUUUCCUAAACUAUUAGGAGCUGUUUCUGCCUUUUGAGGAAGAAACUCUUGGGAAGAGACCCAUCUAACUGCACAAGCAUUUGUCUUGUUCAAAUCUCUGCAUUUUAUAAAUGCUUCUUACUAAGCAAGCGUUUUUUAAAUUACUGUUUGUACCAGGUAAUUUUUGCUGGGGAUUGGAAAGCAUUGGGCUUUUUUAGUGUGUAUGGGGUGAUGGGGUUUUCACUGUUGAUGUUUUAUGUGCAAGUCUAUUUGAGCAAUAACAAUGAGUUGCUGUGAAAACAGCAUGUGCUGCUGUCUUUGUGGCUGCAUGGGAACUUUCCGUAUGGGUUUUCUCUAGGUUACAGCAGAAAUAUGUAAACUAGGAGGUGCAAAUGUAAUAUUUUUAACAGUUCAUGAAUCUAACUUACUAUAGUGACAAAAAAUAACACAAUUAAUUAAAGCAAUAUAAUUCUAGAAUUAGGGUUGUUUUACAAACCUAUGAAACACAUUUGAGAAAUCAAAGUUAAUAUGCUUAGCUCUCUUGAGUAAUACAAGCUUUCUUAAAGUCCCACACAUUUGGACGAUGGCAGCUAAUUUUGUAACUUAAGCAUUCAUAUGAACUACCUAUGGACAUAUAUUAAACUGAUUCACAAAAAUCUCAGAGUGCCGCCUUGACUUUUCUGGAAUUGCCCUAUAAGAAUAUACUCCUAUGGGAAGGUUUUGAUCAUUUAAAAUUAGCACUAAAAUUCUUUUCCUUAGGACUUUGUUUUGAAUAUUCCCUUUGUUAGUACUAUCACUACUUUAGUGUUUCAUAUUAAUAAAUGUUACAUUCUGGUAUAUGUUAUUAAUAGCCUCCUUUCUACUGAUCCUGUGUUAGUCAGCUUUCUGUUACUGUGACAGAAUACCUGAAAUAAUUGAAGGAGGGAAGAUUGUUUGCUAAAGUUUCAUCCCAGCAGCACCACAGGCCGGUAACCAAAACUUCGACACUUUCAUCAUCAUUUGAGGACAUUUACCAUAAGGCUAUACUUUGAGGGAUCGUUUCUAUAAUAUGUUACUAGAGAAGUUUCUCUGAUCGUGUGGAACACAAUUCAAACUAUCAAGGUCCCCCUGUCAGGCUUGGAUACUGUUGUCUUUCCAGUCGAUGAAAGGACAAAGAGGAGACUUUACUGUCAACCACUGGACAAAUCACUGCUGAACUCUGUAAUCUCAUCUUCAUUGCCUGAGCACUUAGCAAUGCCAAAGUAAUCACCGGACUAUAAGACAAAGACCUGGCAUGUUUCAAUAAAACCAAUUACUAAUCUUUUUA